GAUGCAAAAAUGUAUCUUUGCCGAAAUACCUGGUGCAAUCCCCAAGAUCGCUGACUAGGGAGUGCACCGCAUUAAUCUUAGUGGUACUUCUUCGUGCCUAGGACUGGGCGCUCUGUGACUCACGCAUUUCUUAAAAUGUGCUCCUCGGUCCCGGGAGUGAGCAAACCGCAAAACAAAAACAAACCCGCCACCCGGUGAGCUUUCUGAAUGAAAACUUCGCUGCUGUUGUUCCUCAGGGAUGCCGCCUGGUGUCGACGGAGAGCGGAGUGCUCGAGAGCCCCGGCCCGUGGCUGCCGCUAGUUAAAAGCCAGCAAGGGACACCAGCCGCUCUUGGAUCCGGGUGCGGAGCGCUCGGGAGCUGCCGCCUCGCUCGCUCAAUGAGGCUGCCGCGAUGGAGGGCGGCUCGGGCCCGGGGGAAGGCGCUCCGCGCGGGGCCGCCGCCGAAGUUUUGCUCUCGGGGGUCUUCUCGCUGGCCCCGUCCCUGAAGGUCGACUAUACCCUCAGUCUCAACAGCGACGCGGAGCUGCUGAUGCGCCGGCGGGACUCGGCGCCGAGCAGCCCGGCCACCCGGCUGAUGCUCUCGGACUGUAUCGGCUGCUACGCUUCCCAGAGCCAGGUGGCCGCCUACUUCACCCUUUUCUGCUACCCGCUCAAGAAGGGCUGGUGGGACUCCGCGGAGUCCAGGCGCAGAGUGGCUCGGACUUUCCGCGUCCUGGUGUCCCCGGAAGCCGAAGAGAACCGAGCCGUCGCCGAGACCUGGGCUGGGAAGAUCAGGGAGCUCUCCGCCCCCCGGAUCCCGAGGCUGGAAGGGGCAAUAUACGGACACCUCCCUCAGCCCUGUCAAGUGCUGGUGCUAUUAAAUCCACAGAGUGGGUCGGGCCAGGCACUACACCUAUUCAGGACCCAAGUGCAGCCGAUGCUGACAGAAGCAAACAUAGCAUUCAGCAUGUGUAUAACUGAGAAACACAACCAUGCUUGGGAACUGGUGAGGGAAGAGAACUUGUCCAGGUGGGAUGCCUUGGUCACUAUGUCUGGGGAUGGCUUGCUGUAUGAGGUCAUAAAUGGACUGAUGGAGCGUCCUGACUGGGAGACUGCUAUUCAGAAGCCUCUUUGCAUCCUCCCAGCAGGCUCUGGAAAUGCCAUUGCUGCAUCUCUCAAUUACUAUGCUACCAAGGUCUGCCUCUUGAAAGAAGAGCUGCUGAUGAGCUGCACUUAUUUCCUAUGCAAAGGCUUGCAUGCUCCCCUGGACCUGGUGUCCCUACGUACUGCCUCAGGCAAGCGUCUGUUCUCCUUCCUCAGCUUUAGCUGGGGUUUCGUCUCUGAUGUUGACAUCACCAGCGAAAGAUACCGCAAACUGGGCAGUGCCCGCUUCACUCUGGGCACCCUGCAACACCUGACCACGCUCCAAGUCUACAAGGGCCAUCUCUCCUACCUGCCUGUUGAAGCGCCAAACUCUAUAUCCUCACAAGGGGAGCAGAGCAGCCUUUCAGCACAGCGUGCCAACCCAGUCUCCUUCUGCAACGGGCAGUCCGUUUCCGCCCGUCCUCAGCAGGGCUCUGUGCUUGAGGAUUCUUUACUGGUACCCUUUGAACAGUCCGUUCCCAAAGACUGGAUUGCAGUGCCCGAGGAGGAGUUUGUCUCCAUUGUUUGCAUCUACCAAUCCCACCUCGGAACAGACCUUAUUCUGGCUCCCCCAGCCAAGCUGUAUGAUGAUGCCAUCCACGUUUUCUACCUGACUGCCGGGGUUUCCAGGAUGGCAAUGAUCAAAUUCCUCAUGGCCUUGGAAAAAGGGACCCAUUUGACUCUCAACUGCCCGUAUCUCCACUAUGUGCCUGUGAAAGCCUUCCGGAUUGAACCCUCCAUGCUUAAGGGGCACAUGACAGUGGAUGGUGAAGUGCUGCCAUGUGAGCCAGUGCAGGGUCAAAUUCACAGACGGCGUUGCCGUAUCAUCAGUGGUUCCUGAAUGUGUUGGAGACUUCUAAGAAGCAACAUCUGUGCCAGCAGCGAAAGGCUUUUACAGCAUUGUUGGGUGCAUGUUUAAUUUCAUGAAACAGUGCCUGUAGCGAGAAACCUCAAAUGUUGUAUCUGUCAAGACGGCAUCAGCUCUGUUUUCAAGUGAUAAUUCUCAGGGGAAACUGGGCCUUCAGAGUAUGUAACUGCAAUAUUAAUAGGCUAUUCCCUCUGGUACUAGAAUAGCCUCUGUCUGUUGCUAAGGGGCAGAAAAGGCUGUUUUAUAGUCUUCAUACUCUCUUGGUAAAGAGGUGAAAUAAACCGAUCUCUUCAUGAAACCAAAGGCAGCUCCUCAGCAUCAAUGGUUUACUCUUCCUUCUGAGACCAAAGCCUGAUGGAAGAUGGCUAAUUUAGGGGGCAUGACAUAUAAUCCCCACCUAGUGAGCCUUUGGCUGAAAUCUAUUACAACUUUUAAUCCCUUUCUUUUGUAAAGAAGAGUGUGCUUUUUUACAAAGAAAUAAAGUUGUUUGUAAUAGCAGAUUAUAUUCUUAUAGAGAUGAAAUAAAGAGCCACAUUUUUUUCAAAAACAAUCAGCACUGUUUGAAAAUUAAGUUUGGUUUCAGUUCUAAGCAGUAUCAAUACCCUCUUCUUACAGUCACUGGGCUUACACUUGAUGCAAUUUAGUGGGCAGGGAGAGAACAGUUCUCAAGAGAUGGAUACUUCCCACCUUCAGCCCUGACCUGGAUAGCCCAGGCUAGCCUGAUCCCAUCAGAUCUCAGAAGCUAAGCAGGGUUGCCCUUGGCUAUUAUUUGGAAGGGCAAACUCCAAGGAAUACCAGGGUCAUGACACAGAGGCAGGCAAUGGCAAACCACCUCUGAAACAUCUGCCUUAAAAACAGAUCUAGCUCGCCACCUAGUAAUGCAUAACGCUAAAGUAGCUAAAACCUCUGCCUGCCAGACAAUCUUAGGAUCUCCUGGAUAUUCCACUCACAAUGCAAUAUGAUCAUUAUUUCCCACUUUUAAUUGCAUAUGCUUCCUUGUUAAAAAAAAAAAAAAA